AUGGGCCUCCCGCUCAAGGAGGAGGCAUGGAUAUGGUACUCACUCGUCAUUUUCGUAGCCGCCGCCCGCUACGCCUCGCGCAUCCUACUGUUCCGCGGCGACCUGCGAAAGCUACAGAUUGACGACUUUAUCAUAGCCGUGGCCCUCUGUUCUUACACAACUUUGAUUGUGACCAUCAACAUUGUCGCCUUUACUGAGAGCAACCUCCUGCCACCUGGAUUCGACGAAAAGGAUCUAACGCCCGGUGACAUUGCGGAGCGCAGAUUCGGCAGCAAACUCGUGCUCGUUGUCGAACAAUGCCAAUGCGUGACCAUUUGGGCGGUCAAGGCUUGCCUUCUGAUCAUGUAUUAUCGCCUAACAAUCGCUCUCAAGGAAAACAUUGCCGUGAAAAUCCUCUCCGUUUACGUUGCCUUUGGUUUCGUCUUCAUGGAGGUCUUCUACUUUGGAGUGUGGUGCCGCCCUUUUUCCAAUUACUGGGCUGUUCCGACGCCAAACACGCAAUGUAACGCUGCGACCAAUCACCUCAUCACGAACGCCGUUUUCAACAUUUCCUCGGACCUGUUCCUCCUCAUCCUGGCCCUGCAGAUGAUCGUCCGGAGCCGCCUCCCGCUGCACCGGAAAUUAGUCGUCAGCCUGAUUUUUGGCAUUGGGGUCUUUGUGAUCCUCGCGUCAAUAUUAAACAAGUACUAUUCGUUCACAAAUCCGUUCGGUGGCUUGUGGACGUACUGGUACACUCGGGAAAGUAGCACAUCACUCCUGGUGGCCAAUCUCCCGUACACAUGGACGCUUCUCAGGCGCCUAUUCAACCUGAGGUCAUUCGAUGGGCGGACUUCCGGCACUGGGACCAACACAGAAAACGGGUCCCGCUUUACCUACCACACCAGCCGCACCGCUCGCGCCCGUCACGCAUCUGUUCAACCUGACGUCCUCAACAAGUCUCCAGUCUGCGCCCCAGCUUCUGCAUUAACGACCCCUAAUGGGAAGGUCAUGCGCCGUUCCGACAGCCACACUGUCACGCGCGGCUUGGUAGACUAUGCAAACCGCCGCCUCAGCGGCGCCCCUACGAUGGGCGCUACGAGCACCCUCGACAGCAGCCGCAGCUCUGCCGCCCGCUCCGAAAACCUUCUCCUCAAAACCUACCCUAACAAUCACGAAAUCUACGGACGCGCCGAUCAAGAGGCGUUGAGCCUCGACCCUUGGGACCUUGGAAUCGACCUGGCCAGCAGCAUGGCGGAGGCCAAGGAAGAGGACGAGUAUCCGUACAAAGGCGACCAGAAGGAUCGCGAACAGCUGUUCAAUGACGCCUACAGGGAUAUCGAUCCCACGCGGCUGGGACUCGACAGCGCCCACAGGGAUGCUGCCGACCUCCGCGCGCUGGAACGCGCUCUGCUGCGAGGCGAAUCGUGGGAUGAAGAGGCUGAACUCGGUGGCGAUGAUGGCGUUGCCUCCACAGUUGCACCACCGCCCCCGAGAUCCCGGUCCACAAGUCGGCCAGGCAGCUCCCAACAAACGACCACUACCACCAAUCCAUCAAGUUCACCGACUAGCAGUCCAGUGAAAGAGUAG